AAAGAAAAAGAACAAGCAUUUUGCUCCGUACUUGUUCUGCGUCGUCCAUGGCAAUGAACAAUUCUGGGUGCUCAGCCUCUCAACCCUGUUUAUAUUAAAUCGAACCGGUUUUCUGCAACGAACACGUUCGGUAUUAGCGAUUUCAGACACGAAUCGAUUCUUGAACCGCCCUGCUUUGAAUGGUGUGAAAUUCGCUUUAACAGGGUCUUUGGGGUUGGCGGUUUGGCAAAGUUCCUUCUGUAAAUUCGACCAAAUCCACAAAACACAACUAGCUUUUUUGGCCUCUGAAACUGAAACCUCUUGUUGCUUUCUUCAGCUCUUGGUCGGAGAAUUUGCGCGGGAUUCCACGACAAUCUCAGGGCUUACUGGUUCCAGAUUGGGUCCAUCAAUUCAUUUUGGCUUAGCUCUGUGAAGGAGACCGCGAAUUAGCUUAUAAGCUAUUCUGCAUAUACAGAUAGAAAGAUAGGGGGUGAUAGGGAGGCACUGAGACUGAGAUGGGUAGAAUAGCUGUUGCAGCGAUUGUGAGCUCUUGGGUAAUUCCCAUUUCCAUAAUUGGGAAUCGCAUUGUGUCUGAACCUUACAUGGAUGAGAUCUUCCACAUACGUCAGGCCCAACAGUACUGCAAAGGCAAUUUCAGAAGUUGGGACCCCAUGAUUACCACUCCUCCUGGCUUGUACUAUCUUUCACUUGCCCAUGUUGCUUCUUUGUUUCCAGGCAUGUUUUACUUAAAAGCAGUAUCUUCAUUCCCUGAAGUCUGCUCAAUUCCGAUUCUUCGAUCAAUAAAUGGUAUCUUGGCAAUAUUAUGCAGCAUUCUUAUAUAUGAGAUUAUCACCAAUUUGAGACCGACCCUUGAUGAGAGAAAAGCAACCGUGUAUGCUGUGGUCCUAUCUAUGUAUCCUCUCCAUUGGUUCUUCACUUUUCUCUAUUAUACAGAUGUUGCAUCACUUACUGCAGUUCUUGCUAUGUAUCUUGCCUGUUUGAGGAAGAAUUAUUGGUUCAGUGGAUUGCUUGGUGCCCUGGCAGUUGUCAUUCGACAAACAAAUAUUAUUUGGAUGCUUUUUGUUGCUUGCAGUGGGAUUAUAGAUCUUACAUUUGCUUGUAAGAGAGAUAAAAUAGAUAUAGGUGACGGUGAUGCCUCAAUCAAGUAUUUAGGACAGCAAGCUUCCAUGGAUGGUGCUGUUUUCAGAUCAAGCUUGAGAAAGAGAAAAAUUAAUACGCCAGUAGAUACUGGUAUACAGCCAAUGCCCACAAAAAAUGCCUCUUCAAAAGCUUCUAUAUCAGGUUUAAUUGAUGAGAUUGAGACCAUAUUUCUGACAGCUUUACAUAUAAAGUGGAAGCUUUUUGUUUCUUUCAUUCCUUUUUUUAUAUUAUUGGCAGCCUUUGUUGCUUUUAUCUAUUGGAAUGGAAGUAUAGUUCUUGGCGCCAAAGAGGCUCAUGGAGUUUCUCUGCAUUUCGCACAGAUCAUGUAUUUUGGCCUCUUUUCUGCUCUUCUUAUGGCACCUUUGUAUUUCAGUGUUAGUCAAGCUCUAGAUCUAUUCCAUUCAAUUUGGAGGAACAAGCCCCUUAGUUUCUUUCAAGCAUUUAUGGCUUUUAUUGCUAGCUUCAUCUCUGUUCAUUUUUUCAGCAUAGCUCAUCCUUAUCUCCUUGCUGAUAAUCGGCAUUACACUUUCUAUCUAUGGCGGAAAGUCAUCAAAGCCCACUGGUCAUUUAAGUACCUUCUGGUUCCGCUUUAUGUUUAUUCAUGGCUUUCCAUCUUCGCUAGAUUGGGAAAAGUUCAGAGGAAGAUCUGGGUGCUGGCAUUUUUUUUGGCUACCACAGCAGUUUUGGUUCCUGCUCCUUUGAUUGAGUUUAGAUACUUCACCAUCCCAUUCUUUUUCUUGAUGCUUCAUUCCCAUGUUGAUGAUUACCAAAGUUGGUUUCUAAUGGGACUUUUGUAUAUAGCCAUCAAUGUCUUCACAAUGAUGAUGUUCUUGUACCGACCAUUCCAUUGGGACCAUGAACCUGGGAUUCAGAGGUUUAUAUGGUAGAAAGAUUUCAUUCAUUUUGGAUGCUAGAAGUGCAUUAGGUCUUUAUGCAAGUCUCAGUGAAAUUCUUACCA